AUUUACUUUUUCUAAAAAGGCCUUUCCGCCCUGGCCGCUCGCUCGCUCGACAACGGCGACGAACACCUACCCAUCGCUCGCUAUAAAUUGACACUGACACCAGGAGCGAGAACCGGGACAGCAAUGGACGAAGGCGACAACUCGUCGCUGCUGACGCGGCUGCGUCUGGACCUGCGCGGCCGGCGCUUCACGAUUGAGCGCGAGGUGCUCAUGAAUCUGCCCGAGAGCGUGCUCCUCUGUCUCUUUCCCAACGGCCUCGUCCUCAGCCGGCAGCCUGCGCUCGGAAAGAACGGCCAUCUCGGCGGCGAGGGCGAGGAUGGGCUCGGGGCAGAGGGCGACGAGGAGGAUGAAGAAGAGGAGGAGGUCUACAUGGUCGAUUUCGACCCAUCGUGCCUCUCCUACGUGCUCGACUUUUUCAAGCAGGCCCAGGACGACUUCUACGGCGUGUCGGGCCAGCCAUCGCGGCGUGCGCUCGCCGCGGCCGCGCCCGCCAACCAGCAGCUGGUCGGCAACGAGUACAACGACGGGGGCGGCUUCGGGGGGCCCUCCGGCCCCUCGCUCCUCCUCUCCAAGCAGGCCAUCAUUGUGCUGCGCGAGGAGCUCGAGUACUUUAGCAUCCCGCCUAAAAAAGCAGAGACGACCGACGAAAAGGGUGGCGCCACACCGGCGCUCCUGCGGCUCAAGCAGGCGUGCGGCCAGGCGCUCCUCGAGCGCAAGCAGAUCUUCACCGCCCUGCAGCGCAACGUCAACAAGGAGAACAACAUGGCCGAGCAGCAUCUCAUCGACAUGCUCUGCAUGAGCGGCUUUGACCGCGACGACACCUGGGGCUUCCGUGCCGUCGAGCCGAGCCGGUGCUGCAUCACCAGCAUCGCCCUCGUCCUCCUCAAGACGGGCAUCGCCCUCUCGCCCGACGACGCCGCACGGUCCUCGGCCGCCACGGGCUCCUCGUCUGUCUCGUCCGACGAUCACGAGCCCGAGCUGCAGGUGGACCAGCAGCAGCUGAGCACGGCGCAGAAGCUCCUCCUCUUUUGGCGGAAGCCCGCGCGCAAGUGCUGGUGGGACGGCGUCGAUGUCGUGCUUCCCCUCGAUGCGAGCGCAGGCGCAGGCGCAGCCGAGGCCGCACCACCGACGGCGGCGGCAGAUGCAGAGGCCAUGGCCACCGCCUCGGGAGGCGGCAUGACCCAGGCAGAGGUCGACCUGCUCACCAGCGGCAAGGGCAGGCGCGUGCGCGUAUGGGCGAGAAGAGUCUGGACACUCGAGCUCAGCCUCAUCUAGAUGCUGCCGCCGCCGACGACGACGACGACGACGACGACAAUGCCUCCAUGUCUCUCACAAGGAUACCCACACUCAUCUCCCACACCCAUCUCUUCUUCCUUUCUCCUUCUGUCUCUCUCUUUCUCUCUUUGCCUCGACUCUUUUCUUUUCUCUCUCUGCGCAUACACACCUACCAUCCGUCUCACUGUCUCAUGAUACGCAAAUACGCUCACUACGAACACUCACUCUCCCCACUCUCUCUUUCUCUCUCUGUGUCUCGCUUAAUCUACAGAGCUCCACGAGUCUCAGUCUCGAAACAAAUGCACAAAAAUGUCCAUCCAUCAUCCUUGAGC